CCCUAUCUGAAACCGCGAAUCUGAAAAAUAAUUUAUUUGUACGCACAGAUUGUACGGUAUAAAUAAUUUUGCGAUUGAGAUAAUAUUUCAUUCUGUUUCAAAUACGUAACUCAAUUUUAUUUCAAUGGAAAAAACGGAUAUUAAUCAACUUAUAAAAAAAUAUUCUAAGAACUCUCUUACAGCGCCUAAAGUUUAUUUAAGUUCUUUUGAUACUCCUGUUGGUAAAGUUGCUGCCGCUGCUGACGACGAAUUUGUCUACAUGAUAACUUUUGUUGAUUCUAAAAACAUUGAAAAGAAAAUACAGACAAUAUCUGACGAAAUAUUAUGUCAAUUUCUCAACAAAAAAAAUAGAAUUUUGCAGGAAUUGGAAGAUGAGCUUAGGCUAUAUUUUGAAGGAAAUUGCAAAAAAUUUAGUAUACCAAUAAAAACGAUUGGAUCAGAGUUUCAGAAGGCAGUGUGGAAUAAGUUAUUAGAACUACCAUAUGGAUCAACCCAGACUUAUGGCGAUCUUGCAAAAUCUCUUGGUAGAUCAUCAAGCCAUGCUCGAGCGAUUGGUGCAGCUUGUGGUGCUAAUGCUCAUUUAAUAGUAGUACCAUGCCACCGGUUAGUGGCCACAGGAACCAAAGGAGGAUUUAGCAGUGGCAUUGACAGAAAAGAGUGGUUAUUGCAACAUGAGCAGAAACAUACUAAAUAAUGUUUGUUCAUAUUUUGAUUUUUCAAGUAAUCUUAUAUUUUGAUGAAAAUUAGUGCUAAUAAGGGGAGUAGUGUUUUUUUAAUAAUGUUAUCAACAACAAAAUACAUGUUUUACAUACAAACUUUCAUUUCAUUCAUAAUUUCUUUGUAAUUUUAAAGUUUAUUAAAAUUGUUCAUG